AGUUAACUCUCACAGUUAUUCACCCAAAAAAAAAAAACACUCUCACAGAUAAAGCGAGGUUAUGGUUGGCGCUUCUUCCUUCCAUGGCUGCCAUUUUCCACCACCCCACCACCGGCGCCGCCGCCACCACCACGUUCCCUCAGUCUAUUCUCUCUCCUCACCUCCCAUUCCCUCACUACCCAUCAAAAUCACCACAAGUAAUCUCCUCAAUCUCUCUCUCCAAAACACCUCUCUCUCUCCCUAAACCCAAACGCCAACUCAUCUCAUCCUCCACCACCUCCCCCACCCAAUUCCCCUCCGCCUCCAACCCACAAACCCUUCAGCCCCUUUUCCCUCAAAAACCUAACACCCACUCCAAUUCAUCGAUCAACAAUGACCCACCCACCAUCGAUUACUUCAAUUUGCUUCGUCUCUCAGUUCGUUACGGAGACAUUGAACUUGCUAUGUCAGUCCACGCCUCAAUUCUCAAGCUCGAAGAAGAAGAUACCCAUUUGUCCAACGCUCUCAUCGUCGCUUACCUCAAGCUCGGUCUUGUAACUCAUGCUCACAAAGUUUUCUUAGGUCUUUCGUGCCCAAAUGUGGUUUCUUACUCUGCAAUGAUUUCGGGUUUCGCGAAGUCGAAUCGGGAAGUUUUAGCUGUGCAGCUUUUCUUUGAAAUGAGAGGUUCAGGUAUCGAACCCAAUGAGUUUAGUUUCGUCGCCAUACUAACUGCUUGUAUUCGUCUUUCUGAGUUGAAAUUGGGUUUUCAAGUUCAUUCUUUGGCAAUGAAAAUGGGUCAUUUGGAGUGUACUUUUGUUUCGAAUGCUCUAAUGGGUUUGUAUAGUAAAUGUGGGUGUUUGGAUUUUGUGGUUUCAUUGUUUGAUGAAAUGCCUCAAAGAGAUAUUGCUUCAUGGAAUACCCUCAUAGUUGGUGUAGUGAAGGACUUGGAUUAUGAUGGAGGGUUUGAUUUGUUUCGAAAUAUGCAAAGAAUUGAUGGUUUUAGAGUUGACCAAUUUACGCUUUCAACCCUUCUGGUUGCCUCUACUGGGUGUUUGGCUUGGAUGGGAGGCCGAGAAAUUCACGCCCAUGCUCAGAGAAUCGGUUUAGAGUCCAAUUUGAGUGUAAAUAAUGCGCUUAUUGGGUUCUACACGAAGUGUGGGAAUGUAAGAGAUGUGGUGGCUUUGUUUGAGAGGAUGCCUUUAAAAGAUAUAAUUACUUGGACUGAAAUGAUUACGGCGUACAUGGAAUUUGGGCUCAUUGGUAUGGCUGUGGAGACUUUUGAUCGGAUGCCGGAGAGGAAUUGUGUUUCUUAUAAUGCUCUAUUAGCGGGAUAUUGUCAAAAUGGCAAAGGCUCAAGGGCUUUGGUAUUGUUUUGCAAAAUGGUGGAGGGUGGGGUUGAGUUAACCGACUUCACUUUGACUAGUGUUAUCAAUGCUUGUGGGUUGUUGAUGGAAGUGAAGAUCAGUGAACAGAUCCAUGGUUUUGUUGUCAAGUUUGGUUUUGGGUCAAAUGAUUGUAUUGAAGCAGCUUUGCUUGAUAUGUACACAAGGUGUGGAAGGAUGGCUGAUGCAGAGGAAAUGUUCUAUCAUUGCCCUGCCAACCAGAGUAGUUCAAUCACGUGGACAUCAAUGAUAUGUGGGUAUGCUCGAAAUGGGCAACCAGAUGAGGCAAUUUCUCUUUUCUGCUUGAUGCGGGUGGAAGACAUGGUUGUUGAUGAGGUUGCAAUGGCUGCAGCACUUGGCGUCUGUGGAACUUUAGGUUUUCGUGCGAUUGGGGAACAAAUCCAUUGUCUUGCACUUAAAUCUGGUUUUAUGUGCGAUGUAGGCGUUGGAAACGGCAUAAUUAGCAUGUACUAUAAGUGUGGGAACAUGGAAGAUGCAGUUAAGGCUUUCAGUUUGAUGUCAAAGCAUGAUAUAGUUUCAUGGAACAGUUUGAUGGCUGGCUACCUCCUUUACAGGCAGGGCGAUGAGGCCUUGGAUGUACGGUCAAAGAUAGAAAAGGCAGGAUUAAAUCCAGAUGCAGUUACCUUUCUCUUGGUUAUUUCAGCUUCUAGCACAAACUCAAAUUUAGUUGAUAAGUGCCACAGAUUGUUCAAAUCAAUGAAAACCAAAUAUGACAUUGAGCCCGCUUCAGAGCAUUAUGCCUCCAUGGUUGCUGUUUUGGGUUUUUGGGGUCUGCUUGAAGAAGCUGAGGAUUUUAUCAAUAAGAUGCCUUUUGAGCCGGAGGCCUCUGUUUGGCGAGCGUUGCUUGAUACUUGUAGAAUCCGUUUGAAUACAAGACUAGGGAAACAGGCUGCAAAGCAGAUACUUGCUUUGGAGCCAAGCAAUCCAUCUACAUAUGUACUUGUAUCAAAUCUAUAUUCUGCAUCCGGGAGAUGGCAGUGCUCUGAAAUGAUCAGGGACGAGAUGAGGGAGAAGGGAUUUCAGAAACUCCCGGGUCAAAGUUGGAUUAUUCAUCAAAACAAGGUUCAUUCAUUCUAUGCAAGGGAUAAAACACAUUACCAAUCCAAAGACAUCUAUAGUGGAUUGGAAAUACUAAUAUUGGAAUGCCUAAAAGCUGGAUAUAUCCCAGACACGAGCUUUGUGCUUCAUGAAGUAGAGGAGCAUCAAAAGAAGGAUUUUUUGUUCUACCACAGUGCAAAACUUGUGGUAACCUAUGGGCUUUUGACAACUAGGCCAGGAAAACCCAUUCGGGUUAUGAAGAACAUUGUCCUCUGUGGGGACUGCCAUACGUUCUUGAAGUAUGUUUCGAUUGUAAGCAAGAGAGAGAUAUAUGUUAGGGACGGUUCAGGUUUUCAUUGUUUCUUGAACGGUCAAUGCUCGUGCAGAGAUUACUGGUGACACAAGCUAUGCUGAUUAACCCCUUGGUUUUGGGGGUUUUGGGCAAACUAUUUUCAUAUAAAUUUUUUUUUUCUUUCUUAUUUUUAGAUCAUUGGAUAGUCUCAUGCUGCUGUAAAAUAUUUGUAUUUUGUGUAAUUCCUCACAGAGAAUCUAAAUGACAAAGAUCAAUUACCUCUAA